GAAGAAUAAUAGAUUACUGUUUGUUUAGGCGUAGUCAAGGUCAGGCGGUAAUCUUAUGGCGGCUGUAUCUAUUCUUUGAGGAAUGGGCUGCAAAUAACGUUAUUUGUGACGUAACGUUUGUGGCUGAGAUUUCCAUAUUGAACUGGUGGAUAAUUAAUUUGUUCCACUCGUCCAUCCACUUUUUCUCCACUGAAAUAUAUUUGUCGAACAGAAAUUAUAAGAUCAAAAUCUUGUCUACUGUCAUACCUGCAUAUUUUAUAAAGCCGGUCAAAGUUUCUAAAAUGGGUUUUAGUUAUCUCGAGGCAUAA